AUGGAUGGAGAAACUGGGUAUGAUGAGGUGAAGAUUCACGAUGGAUCGCUGAGUCCGGAAGAGAUUGAGGCAAGGCAGUUGGAGGGGGAAAUCGAGAAGAAAAUGCGAGCCACUUUUGGCGAUGAGGCGAUUGAUAGCGUCUCUCCGCUGUCGCUACAUGCUUUCCGAUCUUCCACCGAGAUCCCGACGCGCCGACGCAAUCGAAUGGUGGCACGGAUGAACAGGCCAUACUUUCCGGAUCCAUUGUUCCUAUCACCGCUUAAGGACCGAGCGGCUCAUAUGCGUGCUGAAAUGGAGUCGUUGAUCGGUCGUUUCGGUGGCUUGUGUGAUGAGGCGCGCGAUCUGAUAACGGAUUUAAAUAAAGACGUAGUGCUGAAGGCGGUCGAUCAAAUGAUGCACAAAGACUACAGCGAUUCGCUCUACAAGAGGAAGCCG